CGCGCCAUGGCGGCUCCCGCGGACGGCGCCGACCUGGAGGCCUCGCUGCUGAGCUUCGAGAAGCUAGACCGCGCCUCCCCGGACCUGUGGCCUGAGCAGCUGCCCGGGGUUGCCGAGUUCGCCGCCUCCUUCAAAAGCCCCAUUACAAGUUCUCCUCCUAAGUGGAUGGCUGAAUUAGAAAAUGAUGAUAUUGAUAUGUUGAAGGAACUGGGGAGCCUCACUACAGCUAACUUGAUGGAAAAAGUUCGUGGCCUGCAGAACCUGGCUUAUCAGCUGGGACUGGAUGAAUCUAGAGAAAUGACUCGAGGGAAAUUCCUGAACAUCCUAGAGAAACCCAAAAAGUAGCUGCAUCUAGCAUUUGGAUGAAAAUACCCCAACUCGGUCAUUUUAUGUACUGCAGAUCCAGAUGAAGCCCAGAAAGUCUAAGAAGAACAAAGCUCUUGCUCUAGACCUUCAGAAGCAGACAUCUCUUUUUGCUUCCACAGCUCGUCUUUAUGGGGGAAACGUACAAUGUGCACAGGUCACAAGGACUGCACUUGGUUGCACUGGAGUUUGGACUUCAUCUGACCAUAGGAUGUCCAACAGGAGGACUUGGCCCUGGCAUGCUGUGACAGUCACCUGUUUCAAUCAGCAGCUCAAAGUGAACAGUCAGUGUCCUUAUUCAGCUGCUCUCAGGGGCAGCCUGUUUGAGGUACACAGCAGAUCUGACACUGGCCAGUGUCCAUCAUGAGGCCUUGACCCUUUUGUGUGUCUUUUUUUCUUAGAUGCAUUGAUUUCCUGUGUGUGAGGUCUGUGCUGAAGGAUUUGAGCAUAGUUUGGGGUGUGGAUUCACUAAGAGUGCUGGCUCAGCAGGAGCAUAUGCAUUUAGUGUAGAAGCUGAGUGCAGUCUCUGCAUUAGAUUCCCGUUGCUCACUGCCUUCAGAGAAGCACAGCUGGUGAUCCGAGGAAGACCUCCAGACCAUCAGUGUGCCAGAAGCUUCACCCCUAAGUGGUUCUCUAAGUGGAAUUGAAACUAAGGGAUCACAGGAGUAAGUAAGAAGCAUUACUGUGUCUCAAGGAAGAUGUCCUCACAGAAGUUUUGGCCAGUACACAAAGAAACAGCUUUGUCAGUCGUCUGCAGUUUUUCGCUUCUUGCAGGGCCAGAAACUGGAAGGAGUUACAAAGUUGAAAGAUGGUAAUGUUUUCAGUUAUCACUCCAAGAAGUGACAACAGGACUGUUAGCCACAUUGUGAAGAUGGUCUGCCAAUACAAGAUCUCAGUAUUUCUGAAAAUAAUGUUUUGUGGUAUUUUUAAUUGCUUAUAAACCAGCACCUCAAAAUUUUACUUUCCUGCAAAACCAGAAUUUUUAAGAUAGAAACUUUUGUGAACUGGUCCUUUUCAGAACAUUGUGAUUACAGUUUAAUGCCUUUUUCUUCUGUUCAUGCGCUUUUAUGUAUUCACCCCUUGGAAGAGAUAUAGAGCACGUUCAGACUUUUUGUUUUAUUUAAGAGAAUAAUUUUUUUCAUUCCAUCCACUUUUUCUUUCCUAGAAAACAACAUUUUAAUCAUUAGUAAAUAUGUUCUUUUUUAGUAUACAACAUAAUUUUGAAACAUAACUUAACAUAAUGUUACUUUUACCAUGCAGGCUUUUCAAAACUCAUAAUUUCUCAGGCUGUAGUCACAUACGAGAGGAGAAAUUAUUUGGAAAUAGUACAUGUAACAGGCUGUCCUUACAGCACUGCAUUUUUCUGGCUUUGCAGAGAGAUGAGACUCUUUUUGGGUGCAUGUGCAAUAAAGAGGGAGAUAUUUUUUUUUUUAUCAAAUAGACUUCUGAGUUUUACUGAAUUGCUGGUGACCCUUUGGUUUGCAGUCUGUGGUUUUGGUUAUUGCCAGUCAGAAUUAGGCUUGCUUUGGACAGCUCAGGUUAACUAAGUUUAAGUAGUUAAAUCGUACAACUUGAAAAGACCCUGCACAAAUUUAGAAAUAUCAGGAGCCUGAUUUAAGACUUAAGAGAGUUAUUUCUAUCCUUCACAGUUUAUGCAGGCUGAGCUUAACAUGAGCUCCAUCUCUUGAGAACAUGAGAAUUAAGACAGAUGAAUGAGAAGAGAAUCUGCAAGUGGUAGUUCAGGAACAGAAGAAAACCCAAUGGUGCAAACUGAUGUUGAUAUAGCUUUAAGCAUUGAAUUAUAGAUUUGGAAUGCAAAUUUAAGUUUGUAUACUAUAUAUGUAAUAUAUGAACACGUAUAUGACAUAAUAGAAUACUUAAUCUGUAUCACCAGUAUUAGUUUGUGCAUUUUAUAGAGGUUUCUUGGUCGAACACAUUAAGGAAUUGAGAUCUGAAAGGAGGAUAUAGGAAAAUAUAUGAAAGCUUGUCCUGGAAGUAUAUGUGUAUUUUAUGAUAUGUGCAGUAAGAAAUUUCAAACUUUAGAUAGUUUAUAGUAACAUACAUAUGUU